AUGUGUAAUUUGACCAACGAUGUCCCGCAAGCGUUCGACUGGGAUGCAGCAGCGCAGAAGAGCGUUGACCGCUGGCAACGAAGUGAGCUCAACUACGGCGUUGUCGAAUUCGUGGCGCCUCAGGAAUACAUGGUCCGCCCUCCUCAGCCAUUGGUGUAUCUGUUCCUGAUUGAAGUGGGACACCCAUCUUUGGUCAACGGACUUUGCGCAACGGUUUCCAAAAUCAUUUCUGAAGCUCUUCCGCGGAUACCCAAUGCAGAAGGCAGAACGAGGGUCGGUUUCAUUGGUUUCGACACGAGUUUAUACUACUUUUCGAUUCCUCGAGAUGGCAGCGAGAACAACGAUCCGUCGAUGUUGGUCGUUUCCGAUCUGGACGAACCUUUCCUACCAACACCCGACAACCUUCUCGUAACUCUCUCCGAAUCGAUGCAAAACGUGCAGACUUUCCUUGAGAAGCUUCCGACUAUGUUCCAGGACAACCCACAAACCGGGUCCGCAAUGGGCUCGGCCCUCCGUGCUGGUCACCGAAUGACAGCUGCAAUUGGCGCUAAGAUCACUGUGCUUUCUUCAUCACUACCCAACGCUGGAUUCGGAAAGCUUGAGAACAGAGAGCGGAAGGAUAUACUCGGAACAAGCAAAGAGGGCAGUCUGUUGCAGACCCAGAACUCGUUCUACAAGAGCUUUGCAGUUGAAUGCUCGAAGAAUCAGGUUUCGAUCGACAUGUUCCUUUUCUCUAGCGCCUACCAGGACGUCGCAUCGCUCAGCAACCUCCCGCGAUACACCGGAGGUCAAACCUAUUUCUAUCCUGGAUGGAAUGCGGCAAGACAAGAGGAUGCAAUCAAACUCGCACAGGAGUUCACAAAUUAUCUGAGCUCAGAGAUUGGAUUGGAAGCAGUUCUUCGUGUCCGCGCCAGCACUGGUCUUCGAAUGUCUGCUUUCUACGGCAACUUCUUCAACCGUUCCUCCGACCUUUGCGCUUUCCCGUCAUUCCCCAGAGACCAGCAAUACAACGUCGAGGUUGCAAUCGACGAGACGCUCACACGACCGCAAGUCUUCUUGCAAGCGGCUGUUCUUCACACAAGCUGCAAUGGCUCAAGACGAAUUCGCGUGAUGACCUUGGGACUGCCCACAACCGAUAACAUCGCCAGCGUGUAUGCAGGUGCCGACGCGCAAGCAAUUACGACGUACUUCAGCCACAAGGCCGUUGAGCGAGCUCUGUCUAGUGGACUCGAUGCCGCUCGAGAUGCCCUUCAGUCAAAGGUCAUCGAAAUUCUACAGACUUAUAAGUCGAACAUCGGAGGAGGCACAGGAGGUCUCACACUUCCUGGCAACCUACGCGCUUUGCCUGUGUUGUUCCUUGGUCUGAUCAAGAACGUUGGCUUGAGGAAGAGUGCCCUGAUACCCUCGGACCUGCGCGCUGCCGCCCUCUGCCUCCUGUCUACACUACCAACCGCGCUGCUCCUACGAUAUAUAUAUCCAGCAUUCCACUCUCUCCACGACAUGCCAGACGACGCAGGCGUGCCAGACCCUCAAACUGGCAACAUUGUCAUGCCGCCACUCCUUAACCUCUCCUCCGAGCGCAUUGUACCUUAUGGUCUCUAUCUCCUCGAUGAUGGCGUCAACCAAUUCCUGUGGGUUGGACGAGACGCAGUACCAGCACUGUUGCUGGACGUUUUCGGUGUCGAAGAUCAGUCGUUGAUCAAGCAAGGCAAAACAACUCUACCCCUCCUAGACAAUGACUUUAGCCAGCGUAUCCACGCAGUCCUCGAGAAGGCACGGGACCACAAGUCAAAGGGCGUGGGUAGCAUCACCGUCCCCACACUCUAUGUGGUCCGGGAAAGCGGCGAGCCCACCUUGAAGCUGUGGGCGCAGACUCUGCUCGUCGAGGACAGAGCAGACCAAGGCGUCAGUUUACAGCAGUGGCUGGGCAUGCUUAGGGAGAAGGUACGUUCCAACUUGGAGGAUGUACCCCUCAUCCUCUCGACAUGGCCCGAUUGA